AGGAGCCGGCGGAGCCGGAGGAGGACGGCGGCGGCGGAGGAGGAGGAGGAGCAGCGCCGCGCGCCCGCCUCGGCCGCCGCCUGCCCGCCCGAGCGCAGGCCGACAGCUCCAGCGCAGCCGGCGGGUCCGGUCGCCUCCCGCCGGAGCCCGGAGCGGGCAGAGUCCGGGCGGAUGGGCAGAGCGGGGCGGCGGGCGUCCAGGCGGCGGCCGGGGUACGCUCCGCGCGCUCGCGGGCUGUAGCUGGUCCCGGAGGUCUGCGUCUCUGAGGUGAAGGAAGUACUCAUGGCUGAUGUCUUAAGGAAUGCUUUUGAAAAGGACAGAGGUGUACAGAAUUAUUAGCACUGAGAAGCAGGUUGGCUUUGGAGAAAGCAUGCGCUGAGGAUGUUGUUUGCUUUUGGUUAACAAGAGAAAACACAACUAUAGGCGAAGCCUAUGUAUCACAUUUAAUAUCCUGCAUCAGGCUUUCUGGUGACACUUGGAGCUUCUUACCUCGUGGACAUGAGUGACCUGAGGCAGCCACAGGAAGACAAGCACAAGCCUGGCAGAGCCUCCUCAAAGUUCCAGGAUCCUCCCAGAAUCAUGCAGUCUGAUGAUUAUUUUGCUCGGAAAUUUAAAGCCAUUAAUGGCAACAUGGGACCCGCCACUUCUUUAAAUGCCUCAAAUCCCAACGAGAGUGGUGGCCCAGCUAAUGGUACCCCAGCUGUGCCCAAGAUGGGUGUGAGAGCAAGGGUGUCUGAGUGGCCUCCUAAAAAGGACUGUUCCAAGGAGCUGGCCUGCAAGACACUGUGGGAAAGCCGGUCUCAGACCACGUACGACAGUGUCACUUCUAUUAUGCACAAUGGACAAAACGACCAGAGUGACACUCAGGCGGAGGAGCAGCUUGGUCUAGACUUUGUGGAGGCAAAGUACACAAUCGGGGACAUGUUUGUCCACUCGCCUCAAAGAGGACUUCACCCCAUAAGACAGAGGAGCAAUAGUGACGUCACCAUCAGCGACAUCGACGCUGAAGACGUCUUAGACCAGAAUGCAGUGAACCCCAACACCGGGGCCGCGCUCCACCGGGAGUACGGGAGCACAUCUUCCAUUGACCGGCAGGGCCUUUCUGGUGACAACUUUUUUGCUAUGCUCAGAGGGUACCGAGUAGAGAAUUACGAUCACAAAGCAAUGGCCCCUUUUGGGUUCCCGGAGUUUUUCCCCUGCGACGCUGCCAUCUCGCCCAGCCUGCACGCGGCAGCACGGAUCUCGAGAGGAGAGUUCGUCCGCAUCUCAGGACUAGACUACGUGGACAGCGCCCUCCUCACUGGGAGAGACAGGGACAAGCCCUUCAAACGGAGGUUCAAGUCGGAGUCCGUGGAGACGUCGCUCUUCCGAAAGCUGCGAACUGUUAAAAGUGAACAUGAGACUUUCAAGUUCACUUCUGACCUGGAAGACGGUCGUCUUGAGCGGGGCAUUCGCCCGUGGAACUGUCAGCGGUGUUUUGCACAUUAUGACGUCCAGAGCAUUUUGUUUAACAUCAAUGAAGCCAUGGCUACGAGGGCUAACGUGGGGAAAAGGAAGAACAUGACCACCGGGGCCUCUGCAGCAUCUCAGACUCAGAUGCCAGCGGGCCAGACGGGCAACUGUGAGUCCCCUNGGGCAGGGGCAGCGUCCUGGGCAGAUCCCCUUGUGUAA